AAUAAUAAGAAAAAAACAAGAAAAAAAAGUAUUGUGAAAAAAGCUUUAAUAUUUUAAAGUUUUUUAAGAUAAAUGAUGUGGUUAUUCAUAACUCCAUCUAGCGCCUAAGUUUUUAACAACUCAAAAAUAAAAUAUUUGUAAGCUUUCACAAUACUAACAUGCUAAUCUCUUAAAAAUAAACUAGAUUAAGAGAGGAUUGAUCAAAAACAAUUCAAUAUCUUUUCCCAUAAAUAAUAUGAUUAAAAUUACAAUUAUGAUAUUUAUAUAAAUAUUUAAAAUAGCAUUCAGACACUUAAUUUAGAGAGAUUGAAAUCAAGCAUAUAAUGA